AUGGAUUCUUCAUUAAUCCCAACAGCGGUAACCUCAGACGAGGAAUCUGUGGCGGCGGCGGCGACUCUUCCUCCUCCUAAUCAUCCUAUCAACAUCUCGGAAGUGGAGUGGGCCUACCACGACUUCAUUGGCACUGGGGGCAUUUGCGAAGUGUACAAGGCCUUCCACCCGCCGAGUGGCAACAACUAUGCUUUGAAGUUGCAGUCCACUGACAUGAUAGGAGAUGACGUGGUCUGCCAACAUUUCAGCCGCGAGAUCCACCUACUCUCAAACCUUGACCACCCCAACAUCAUCAAAUUCUUUGGCUACAACAGGAUAGAUGAUGAUGACGAGGAGGAGGUUGAUAAUGGAGCGUUGCCAAACAGAGCCUACCUCCACACUCGCGGAAUUGUUCAUCUUGAUAUCAAGCCUGCCAAUCUCCUCCUCAACUCUCAAGGCCGGGUAAAGAUAGCUGAUUUCGGAACUUCCCAAAUCCUCCUCAACAUGGAAACAUGCUGCCAACUCUCCCCCGGAACGCCGGAAUACAUGAGCCCUGAGAGGAUCCAGGGCCUCUUCUUGAAACAGGGACUGCCCAAAGUGCAUGCAUAUGCAGGGGAUAUAUGGAGCCUUGGGUUGAGCAUCUGGGAGUUAUACGUGGGGAAGUAUCCAUUAGGUGAUUGCUUAAAAUUUAAAGCAAAUUUGGCAGCUGUCAAGACCGCCAUUUCCGGGUGGGAGUCCAUGCCACCAGUGAUGUUGAUGCCCGACACGACUUCACCAGAGUUGAGAGAUUUCAUUGCUUGUUGCUUGGAGAUACAUCCUCAGAAUAGGUUCACCGCGGGGAAUCUGUUGGGCCACCCCUUCAUUUUGCAGUACCAAACCAACCCAACCACCCUCUCAUCUCAAAUAUAA